AUGGGUGUCGAGAGAACGACUAAUCCAAUUUUUGAAUCCAACAAGAAGUACAACCAGGAUGAUUACCGUGACUAUGCUGAGCUUUGCUUUGAAAGAUUUGGUGACUGGGUAAAGUAUUGGAUCACUCUAAAUGAGCCUUGGAGCUACAGCACCGGUGGUUAUGCAACCGGCAACUUCGCCCCCGGACGGUGUUCUUCUUGGCAACAACUAAAUUGUAGUGGUGGAGAUUCUGGCGUAGAGCCAUAUCUGGUGACGCACCACCAGCUUCUUGCUCAUUCGGCUGCCGUAAAAUUGUACAAGGACAAGUAUCAGGCUUCACAGAAUGGAAAGAUUGGGAUUACACUCUCGACAAAUUGGAUGGUUCCUUUCUCCAAUGAGACCAUCCACCGUGAUGCUGUGGUACGAGCCCUCGAUUUCCACUUUGGCUGGUUUAUGAAUCCAUUAACAUUUGGUGACUAUCCGUAUGCCAUGCGAUCUCUUGUUGGAAAUCGACUUCCCAAAUUCUCUGCAGAAGAAUCGAACAUGCUUAAGGGCUCGUUUGAUUUUCUUGGGUUGAAUUACUAUACUUCAAACUAUGUGGUACAUGCUCCUGAAUCCAAUAUUAUUAAUGUGAGCUACAUAACAGAUUCUCAAACUAAUCUCACAUAUGAGAGGAAUGGGGUGCCUAUUGGUCCAAAGGGUGCUUCAAAUUGGCUAUAUGUUUACCCAAGAGGGAUACGGGAUCUUCUGUUGUACAUCAAACAAAAUUAUGGGAAGCCAAUCAUUUAUAUUACAGAGAAUGGCAUGGAUGAAAUAAAUGAUGCGACAUUAUCUCUUGAGGAAGCCCUUGAAGACAACAUGAGAGUAGAAUAUUACUUUCACCAUCUUAACCAACUUCAAAGAGCAAUCAGGUAA